AUGACCCACCUCGCCGAUACCGACGAACUGUUCUACUCGCGCGCCGGGCUCGACCGGAAAAGACUGGAGGGAAUCGUCGAUGACGCCCUGGGCAAGGCCGACGACGGCGAACUGUUCCUCGAGUACCGGCAGUCCGAGUCCCUGGCUUUCGACGACGGUCGAUUGAAGUCGGCCAGCUUCGACACCGAUCAGGGCUUCGGCCUGCGCGCCGUCUCCGGAGAGGCGGCAGGCUACGCCCACGCCAGCGAGUUGAGCGAGGCGGCGGUUCAACGCGCCGGCGAGACCGUAAAAGCGGUACAGAGCGGUCACGGCGGCACCAUGGCCGACGCCCCGAGCAACACCAACCGGCAGCUCUACACCCCCGACAACCCGCUGAACGCUCUGGCUUUCGAAGCCAAGGUGAAGCUGUUGAGCGAGAUCGAUGCCUACGUGCGGGGCAAGGAUUCGCGCGUGCGUCAGGCCACGGUCUCACUCGCGGGGUCCUGGCAGGCGGUGCAGAUCCUGCGUGCCGGCGGCGAGCGCCGGGCCGACAUCCGGCCGCUGGUCCGCCUCAACGUGUCCGUCGUCCUGGAACAGGACGGCCGCAUGGAAGCCGGCUCCUACGGGACCGGCGGCCGGGUCGGCUACGACGGACUGAUCGAGACCGCCACCUGGCAAGCGGCCGCCGACGAGGCCUUGCGUCAGGCGGAGAUCAAUCUCGGGUCGGUCGAUGCGCCGGCCGGCGAGAUGCCGGUACUGUUGGGCCCCGGCUGGCCCGGCAUUCUGCUGCACGAGGCGGUCGGCCACGGUCUGGAAGGCGACUUCAACCGCAAGAAAACCAGUGCCUUCGCCGGCCUGAUGGGCGAGCAGGUGGCGGCGCCCGGCGUGACGGUGAUCGACGACGGCACCUUGCCGGACCGGCGCGGCUCCCUGACCGUCGACGACGAAGGGACACCGACCGAGCGCACCGUGCUGAUCGAGGACGGCAAGCUGGUCGGCUACAUGCAGGACCGGCAGAACGCCCGCCUGAUGGACAUGAAGCCGACGGGCAAUGGGCGGCGUCAGUCCUAUGCCCACAUCCCCAUGCCGCGCAUGACCAACACCGUGAUGCUCGGCGGCGAGGCCGACCCGGCCGAGAUGCUGGCGGGCGUGAAGAAGGGCCUCUUCGCCGUUUCCUUCGGCGGCGGCCAGGUCGACAUCACCAGUGGCAAAUUCACCUUUUCCUGCACCGAGGCCUAUCUGAUCGAGGACGGCAAGGUCGGCCCGGCGGUCAAGGGCGCCACCCUGAUCGGCAACGGACCCGAGACCAUGAAGAAAGUGUCCAUGAUCGGAAACGACAUGGCCCUGGAUCCGGGCAUCGGCACCUGCGGUAAGGAUGGCCAGGGCGUCCCGGUCGGCGUCGGCCAGCCGCGUCUGCUGCAGACGCGGUCGAUGGCUUGCGAGAGGGAGACAUUUGGCAUGCUCAAGUCCUUGCUGACGGCCGCUGGAGUGGCCUGCGCCGCCCUGGCCGGCGCCCUGAACCUCGCGGCGACCCCUGCAGCGGCGGCCCAGACCGUCAGCUUCGCCGUCACAGAUGUCGAAGGCCUGGAGCAGCUCCAGCGCGACUGGACGCCGAUGCGCGACAAGCUGCAGGCGCUCACCGGCUAUGAGAUCGAGUUCUUCGCCGUCAGCAGCCGCACCGCGGCCGUCGAGGCGCUGGACGCCGAGCGACUCGACUUCGUGCUGACCGGCCCGGCCGAGUAUGUGGUCAUGAACAAGCUGACCGGCGCCUAUCCGAUCGUCGGCUUCGGACGGCCCGACUACUUCUCCGGUGUUAUCGUGUUGGCCAACAGCGGCAUCACGAGCGUUCAGGACCUCAAGGGCAAGAGAAUCGCCUUCGGGGACGUCGGCUCGACCUCCUCGCAUCUGGCCCCCUCGCAGUUGCUGGCCGACUACGGGUUGGACCCGCGCAGCGACAUGGAGGCGAUUCACACCAGCGAGCCGAUCCAGUGGGAGUCGCUGAAGCGCGGCGACGUGGAUGCGGUCGGGAUGAACUACAUGAGCGACUACAUCGCCCUGCGCGAUCAGGACACCGACCUGCCGCCCGGCGCAUUUCGGGUGGUCGCGCGCGGGCCCGAUCUUCCGAACGACGUCCUGAUGGCAGGCCCGCACGUCGACCAAGAGGUCGUCGAGACGCUGCGCGCGGCCUUCAUCGAGAAUUCCCGGGCACUCGUCGAGGCGGUGGUGGCGCCGGGUGGCGACAACGCCAAGUACGAGGGCAUGGCCUUCGUGCCGGAGGUGAAGGACAGCGACUACGACUACGUCCGCCGCGCCUAUUCCGCCAUCGGUCACCCUCAGCCUGUUGCCGCGCGGGCCGUUAUUACCGUCGAGGGUCUGAGCAAGCGCUACGAGACGGCGGGAAAACCGGUGCUGCAGGGCGUCAGCUUUGCCGUCCGCGCCGGCGAGGCCGUGGCCCUGAUCGGCGCCAACGGCUGCGGCAAGUCCACCCUGCUACACUGCUGCACCCGGCUGAUCGAGCCGAGUGCGGGAAGUAUCCGGCUUCUGGACGAAGAGGUGCCGGCCCUGUCGCGCCGGCGACUGCGGCUUCUGCGCGCCAAGGUCGGGCUGGUCUUUCAGAAGCACAAUCUGGUCGGUCGCCUUUCGGUCUUGACCAACGUGUUGCACGGCGCCCUGGCGCGGCAGUCGGGACCGCGCAACUGGUGCCAGGCCUUCGCGACCGGACCCGCGCGCGAAGAAGCCUUGCAUUGCCUGGAGCAGGUGGGGCUGGCCGAUCUGGCGAGGCGGCGGGCCGACCGGCUGUCCGGCGGUCAGUCGCAACGGGUGGCGAUCGCACGGGCGCUCAUGCAGCGUCCCGAGCUGCUGAUGGCCGACGAGCCGGUUGCCAGCCUGGACCCCAAAGCCGGUGAGGAGGUCAUGGCACUGUUUGCGGACUUGGCGCAGGCACGCGGCCUGACCCUCUUCUUCACCACCCAUCACCUGGAGCAUGCGCUCGAUUUCGGAGAGCGGAUUCUGGCGCUGCGAAGCGGCCGCCUCGCUCUCGCAUCUAUGUCUGAGCAACGGGCCGAACCGCCACGGAGCCAGCUGCCGCCGCGCUUUUCUCCGCCACACCCGCUGACGUAUCUGGCCUGGGUCCUGCUUGCAGCCUUCUUCGUAGCCAGCCUCGACGGCACCGAAUGGUCCUUUUCGGAUCUCGCCGAGGGCGUGCCGGCCCUUUGGAGCUUCCUGGCCAAGGCCUUUCCACCCGACCUGGAACGGCUGGACGCCGUCUUGUGGGCCCUGCUCGAGACUUUUCAGAUGGCGUUGGUCGGAACGGUGGUCGGCGUGCUGGUCAGUCUGCCUUUGGCCGUACUGGCCAGCCGCAAGCACAGCCCGGCAAAGCCGAUCUAUGCCGCGGCGCGUGGCCUGAUCGCGCUGUUCCGCGUCGUACCGGAUCUGGUCUGGGCUUUGAUCUUCGUUGUCACCGUGGGCCUCGGACCCUUCGCCGGCACACUUGCUCUGGCGGUCGACACCAUGGGUUUCUGCGGGCGCUUCUUCGCCGAGGCCAUGGAGGAAGCUAACGACGGCCCCCAGAAAGCGCUGGACGCGAUCGGUGCAAACCGCGGCGGCGUCAUCGCCUGUGCCGUCCUGCCGGCAGCCCUGCCCAGCUUCAUCAAUACCAGCCUCUUUGCCUUGGAAAAGGCGGUGCGCUCCUCGGUCGUCCUGGGACUGGUCGGGGCCGGCGGUAUCGGGAUCGAACUGAAGGUCGCUAUCGACUUCUUCCAGUUCGAUCAGGCCGCCACGAUCAUCCUCUGCAUCUUCGUGCUGAUCCUCGGCGUCGAACGGGUCAGCAGUUGGGCGACUGGCGAGACGAUGAGCCUGCAAACGACGGAUACCGCCCAUCUGGCCUGGGACAGUGCCUGGCAGACCGUGGCCGGUCGUGCCGACUGGCUGGUACCGGAGCCCGAAGUGAUUCAGCUUGCCGCGCGGAUGCGGCAAGUCGGCGCCUGCCGUGCUCUCGAUUUGGGAUGUGGUGUCGGCCGCCAUGCUCUGGCCCUGGCUCGGCUGGGCUUUGAGGUGGAGGCCGUCGACGCCAGCCCCGCCGGCCUGUCCGAACUGGCAAGCAGCGCUGCGGCCGAGGGACUGGAGAUCACCUCACAUCGUGCUGCCAUGACCGCUCUGCCCUGCGCGGCCUCCAGCUUCGACCUCGUUCUGUCCUGGAACGUGAUCUACCACGGAGACCCGGAGGUGGUGCGCGGCGCCACUGCGGAGAUCGGCAGGGUGCUGAAACCAGGCGGCAUCUACCAGGGGACGAUGCUGAGCAAGCGAAACCGGCAUUACGGCCAGGGCCGCGAGAUCGCUCCGAACACCUGGGUCGACGAAGCGGGGGAAGGCGACAAGGCGCACCCCCACUUCUUCUGCGAUGCGGCCGAGCUUUGCGCUCUCUUCGGCGACUUCGAGCUGCUGACCUUGAGCCAGAACGACCACGGCAAGCCAGGUCACUGGCACUGGCAUCUCACGGCCGAGAGGCGCUAG